GCGGCCCUGGCCGUGGAAGAGGAGUUGCAUGUGUUGCUUCAGCUGGCAGUAGUGGCGGGAGCGGAGGCGGCGGGGGUUGUGCGACCGCCCAGGUUUGUGAGAUGGCUGCUGAUAUUUCUGAAUCUGGUGGGCAUGAUUGCAAAGGAGACCCGAGGGGCAAUACCAAGUUAGAUGCAGACUACCCACUUCGAGUCCUUUACUGUGAAGUUUGUUCAUUACCAACAGAGUACUGUGAAUAUAUGCCUGAUGUUGCUAAAUGUCGACAGUGGUUAGAGAAGAAUUUUCCAAAUGAGUUUGCAAAACUUACUGUAGAAAAUUCACCGAAACAAGAAGCUGGAAUUAGUGAGGGUCAAGGCACAGAAGGGGAAGAGGAAGAGAAGAAAAAGCAGAAGAGAGGUGGAAGGGGUCAAAUAAAGCAAAAAAAGAAGACUGUACCAUAAAGAGUUACAAUAGCCAAAAUUCCUAGAGCAAAGAAGAAAUAUGUAACAAGAGUGUGUGGCCUUGCAACUUUCGAAAUUGAUCUUAAAAAAGCACAAAUAUUUUUUGCUCAGAAAUUCUCCUGUGGUGCCUCAGUAACAGGAGAGGAUGAAAUCAUCAUUCAGGGAGACUUUACAGAUGACAUAAUUGAUGUCAUUCAGGAAAAAUGGCCAGAGGUGGAUGAUGAUAGCAUCGAAGAUCUUGGAGAAGUAAAGAAGUGAUUUUGAAAAUUUGUCUCUAUUUAAUGAUCUGAACUGAGAGUUGAUAUGGCCAAAGGGAGAGAGGCCUUUUAAAAAUAUGUAUAUUUAUCCUACAGUAAAACUGUAGAUUACCCUCACUCUUGGCAUUUUCACUGUUCUGUAUAAGGCUGCUUGUUUUUUUUUUUUUUUAUUGCCAAAGUCUAAUAAACAGGGGAGACUGUCAUGCAUAUGCAUGAAAUAGAAUUUAGUCAAAUAAAAAUUUUUGG